UCCUGGAGUCUGGGAUCACUGUGUGUGACAUGACGUUCUUGAUACAUCAUCCAACAACCACAUAAGCAGCAUGGAUAUAUAAGCUGUAGCACACCUGCUCAACAAUAAGGACUUCAGACCUCCGCCAGCUGACCUCAGCCUGUUAAACAAAGUUCAGGUGUCCUUAAACGGUGAGUGAUACUUUACUGACCAGCGUCCCUCCACCCUUUGUAGUGCCUUGAGCGAGUCCGUCCACAGCAUGCUGCCCGGGAGAGCGGCUGAUGCCCGGCACUGCGUCCUGACGAGCCGCUGGCUGCCCGCAGCUCUGGCGCUGCUCCUCCUCCUCUCCUUCAGCUUCAGCAGCGCUCACAGCACCACGGUGGAGCACGACUUCCACAUUGUUCACAAUGUCGACAACAGAAGUCCAGAGAUAGACCCAUUCUGGUACGUGGGGCGUGGGGUGAGACCCAUCGGGCGCUUCGGGAAGAGGCACAGCAGUGUGGAGGCUCUGGGCAGCAGGGGGGUGCAGCCCGUCGUCAGGACGUUGGAGCUGCUGCUCAACAGCCUCAGAAACAAGGAGAGCCUCGAGAAGGUGCUGGAUGGGGAGGACAGGGAUUGGUUACCAUGACAGCGUGUCCUCCUCCGCUUCAUCCACAAACUUAGAGUGUCUUCAUUUUUUAUCUUGAUUGAGGUUAUAUACUCUUUUGCUCUAGAUCUUAACUGUAUUUCUCCCUGGCGUCUGUUAUAAGGCCUUGGUUGAUAGUAUUCUUGAUGAAAUCACUCUCCAAAUGUAUCUAUACAUAAAAAUGCAUUCUAUAUUGAUUAAUAAACCAGGAUGUUGUGAUUAUAUCUGUUCAUCACUUUGCCUGUAGCCUUCCUGUAACACACACUAAAAAAAAAAAAAAGCUUUAGGUUUGCAAAUUUUAUUCAUUUUAUAAUACAUUUGUUUUCCUCAGAGUACUGUGGCACAUAGAGAAUCUGUAUUUUUUGCUUGUUAAUAUUUUCCCCAACAUGUCAUAUGGAUUGCAACGAACGAUUGCACAUUAAAGUGAAUGCCCCCCUGUG